AACACCGUGACACACGCCGCCGUUUUCUGGUUAAAACACCGACAGACGCCGUUUACGAGGUCACACGUGACUAAAAUCACACGUACACCGCAUAGCAGUGAUAGAAGAUAAGAUGGCCACCUCCUCCUCCAAUCUGGAAGAAGAUGAAAGUCUGAAAGGCUGUGAGGUUUUUGUGCAGAAACACAACAUACAGCAGAUCCUCAAAGAGUGCAUCGUCAACCUGUGCAUCGCCAAGCCCGAGCGGCCUAUGAAGUUCCUGCGGGAACACUUCGAGAAGCUGGAGAAGGAAGAAUGCAAGCAGAUCAUGGCCCGACAGAAGUCCAACUCGCAGUCGGACUCUCAUGAUGAUGAAGUGUCUCCUCCUCCUCCAAACCCUGUGGUGAAGGCCCGGCGCCGGAGAGGUGGUGUCAGCGCUGAGGUCUACACGGAGGAGGAUGCCGUCAGCUACGUCAGAAAGGUCAUUCCGAAGGACUACAAGACGAUGACGGCCCUGGCCAAAGCCAUCUCUAAGAACGUGCUGUUCGCCCACCUGGAUGACAAUGAGAGAAGUGACAUAUUUGAUGCCAUGUUCCCGGUCACACACAUCGCUGGUGAAACAGUCAUUCAACAAGGUGAUGAAGGAGACAACUUCUAUGUGAUUGACCAAGGAGAAGUGGAUGUAUAUGUGAAUGGUGAAUGGGUGACUAGUAUUGGAGAGGGUGGUAGUUUUGGAGAACUGGCUCUGAUAUACGGGACUCCUCGAGCUGCUACUGUGAAGGCCAAGACUGACCUGAAACUCUGGGGCAUCGACAGAGACAGCUACCGGCGCAUCCUCAUGGGAAGCACGCUGAGGAAGAGGAAGAUGUAUGAGGAGUUCCUCAGCAAGGUGUCUAUACUCGAAUCGCUGGAUAAGUGGGAGAGGCUGACGGUGGCUGAUGCUCUGGAGCCUGUGCAGUUUGAAGACGGAGAGAAGAUCGUAGUGCAGGGAGAGCCAGGAGAUGAUUUCUUCAUCAUAACAGAGGGUACGGCGUCUGUUCUGCAGCGCAGGUCUGAUAACGAGGAAUACGUUGAAGUGGGCCGCCUGGGUCCAUCAGACUACUUCGGUGAGAUAGCGCUGCUGCUGAACAGACCCCGUGCAGCAACAGUCGUGGCCAGAGGUCCACUCAAGUGUGUGAAGUUGGACCGUCCGCGUUUCGAGCGCGUCCUCGGGCCCUGCUCUGAGAUCCUCAAGAGGAACAUCCAGAGAUAUAACAGCUUCAUUUCUCUCACAGUCUAACCCGGCCGUCUGAAACGCGUUGCCGUCAGGUUAUCCGGGUGCCUGGUUGCAUAAAAUAACGUGACGUUCUCCACCAGUUCUGCUUAAAUCAUUAGCUUCAGUAUUGCUGAGUUGUUCAGAAUGGAUUCAGCAGUAGAUAAUAAAAACGACUUCUUUUAUGCAGCCAAGCAUUCAGUUUUUACUUUUUUGCCAGAAGCACAAGUGCUCCACCUGCUUUUUUUUCCCCUUUGUGUGAUUUUUCUUACUGUAUGUGCACUUUGAAUUUGACCUAUGUCGCCACAAAGCUUUAUUUCUGCAGAUUAGGAGAGGAAAUGAGGUGCCCAUAUGGACUGAUAAGAAACAUCUUCAUGUGGCAUGUGAAAAAAGUCCUACAAAAUGUGAUGCAUGCAGACCAGAGAUGCAUUUUGUUCACUUGCCAUUCAGAUUCUGCGUCGAAGAGGAAGGUAACAGUACAGAUGGCACAAGUAUAUAAAUAUGUUUACACAGAGGAAGGAGUGUUUAUGUUUUUGUUCUUCAGCUUCUGCCUUUUAGCUGUGUGUUUUUUGCGUGCCGUGUUUAAUCCUGCGUGGGUCAGAAUUGGAGAUCCUCUGUUUAUUGAAAUCUGUUUAUUGAAAGCGAUUUUGCCGUUCUAUAUCUUCUUGGCUGUUUCAUCCACCCUGAACAUUCUGAGUUGUGCUUCUACAGCUGGAAUUAAUGGGAGGGGGUUUGUUACAUUUUAAGACACGAGUUUUAAUAUAGAACUGCUAUAAAAGCGGUUUUCAUUGGGAGUCUUAAUGUGUUUUAAGAGCUGAAUCUGUAUGAUGUUGCUUUUCUUUUCUUUUUUUCGUUCUUCAAAAUGCAAUUGUAUUACACACACGCACACACGUCCCCCAGGCCAUGUUUGGGUGAAGCUCAGCUCAUGAAAGCUGUCAAGAACAUGUCCAGGUCAUAUUUCACCCCAAAA